AUGCCUUCCCCUUACGCGGAGGGGAUGGGCCUGCCGGUAGGGUCCGAGCCAUAUGGCCUCUACAUGAACCAGACUAUCAGUCAGUGGUGCACGAACCCAACUCAGUCAAAGAUCACCAUCCUGGCUGAUGGGUUCUCGGCUGUGGAGCUCUUCCCCAACGUUACGGACUUGGCAAUUGGUGGCGUCGGCCGGCCAUACAAGGAAAUGGCCAAGGUCCGCUUGGCCAGGGAUGUGGUGUACCCCAUCCAGGGCAGAGGUGAGAUGGUGAGCCAAGUGGAAACGGCAUUUGCCUUGCCAGACCUCCUGGCAGGUAUGGCUCCGGAUGCCACAGCCCGUGGCUACUCAAUCACCUAUGGCCGCUCAUCUCAGACUAUCCGGACAUGUGCUUCAGUCUUUCUACUGGAGACUUGCGUCGACACGCCUUCAGAGCAGUUCUGUGGCUACUAUGGAGGUAACUGCAUGGUGCCCAAGAAGGACUCUUCUGGGGCUGUCCUGGUUCCGGAACAGCUGGAGCCUGCCAUUUGCUCGUACACCGCGAGGCUCUGCGGCGAAGAGGCGGAGGUCCAUGCCCAGCUGAAUGCAACAGCGAUGGGCAUCCAGGUGGCCAGUCAAGUACCCUGUGAUGCUUCCCUUGGCCUUCCCAACGGAACUCUCUGCAACAUCAUCGAGGCUCCAGGUGUGGAGCCGGGGACCAUGAAGGCGCGGGUCCUGGAGACCCCGCUGACCUUUACCACGGAGGCGCAAGCCCGUAACGACGAGGCGAUGGCGCAGGCUGAAUCAGCAAUAAAUAUCAUGAUCUACGUGACGAUUGGGCUUCAAGUUGUCCUCUUGGUGGUCAAUCUGGUCGCUGGCUUCUACAAUCUCCGGAAACACUUGCGUUCCAAGGAUGCCACCGCAACAACGGGAGGAGCUCCACCCACGCUGGCCGCUCACAAUCCCGAGUUCAAGGUUUAG